CUCAAAUAUACUCGGCGGCUAUCUGUUACCUGUUGCGUCACUCGACACCACCUUACUUGCUUGGACCGAUUGCGUUAUACAGCCCGAUCGCCCCCAGCUACCCUCGACGAUGCCCAACUACCAGGAAAACUUCACCAGAGAUCGUCCACCGCACCUCAACCACACCAACUUCCCCUCAGCCCAGUCUUCCGGACCGCUCACUGAGCCCGAGUCUAUCGGUGCCGAAGACCACAUGGAAAGAAUGCACCUUGCCCAGGCGGAGACUGACGGCGACCACGACCGCUACCCCCCAUCUCUGGGAUCGGGUAACACAGACAGCACUAUGAAGGACAAAGGCGUCGAAACCCCGGUUGAGAAUGGUGUCGAUCAAUACAUUCAGCGCCGCAACCAUGUGCUGUACUUCAUCUCGAACGACCCGCUCAACUUGAACCCGCCCCUGACUGUCGCAGCCCUCCAGGCUCUGAACCACGGCAACGGCCAAUACCAUCAUCAACAUGUCUACCAGUGGUGCCAGAACGGAUACUUCCCAGUUGCUGUCGCCAAUACCACCGCCGGUAUCAGCGAGAGUCUGAUGGUUUCAAGACGAUCCCAACAGGCCCAAAGCCAUGCCACAGAAGCGAGUUCAGUAGCGGUCUCUACUCGGACGUAUCCAGCGGGAGAGCGUAUCACCGGCGCUGGUUUCCAAUUCGAUGAGAUGCCAGCUCCGGCUCGAAGCCUCAAGGAUGACGACUUGUAUGAUUACGAGAUGUAAAAGUCGCGACGGAUUGAUGCACUAUAAUAAGGCCCUGCUGGCAUGCAGAGUUUUGUUCU